GAGCAGGUGGCCCAGCUUCGCCUGGAGAAUGCCCACUUGACGAAGGAGCUGCAAAAAGCUGGUCGAGUGCAGGGCGAUGAGCACGUGCUGGAGGCGUCUCCCCACCUGGCCGGCUCAGCAGGAAGGUCAUUGCUGGCAGCAUCCAAGGCUAAAGAGCCGCGAGGAGGUGGCGAUGAAGGCGCAGAUAAAUCAGUGCCGACGGAGACAGGCGGCCCACAACCAGCAGGAGAGGAGGCAGAGGCUCCGCCAGAUUUAGGCCCAGCGUCUGCAGACUGCCAGCAGCUGGAGUCUGGAGAUUCGCAGUCCGGCGAGGACAAG